AUGCAACGAAAUGAAGAACAUCGUUUACGAGAAAAAAAUAAAAAUAUUAUUAUCGAUAUAAUACGAAUUCUAAUGUGCCACGAUGAUAAAUUAAAGAAAUUUUUAAUCGAAAAUGAUUGUAUUCAUCUACUUUUUUGGUUUAUCGAAAAUGAAAAUAUUGAACAAAUAAUUUUUUAUUCAAUAUUAACGUUACGUUAUUUACUUUAUGAUGAAAUUAUUGCUAAAAAUUGUGUCAAUUAUGGCGGCGUUAAUGUUUUAACGAAAAAAUUAUCACAUGGAUCACCACGAGUACUUCUCGAAUGUAGCAAAUGCUUAUCAGCAAUCAGUGAUGUUGAUAUAUUACGAGAAAAUCCAAUAUUUGUGGAAAUAGAUCGAAUUUUACAAUUACUAGGUUCAUCCGAUGCACAACUCGUUAAGCAUUUAAUUGGUUUUCUUGGUAAUAUUGCAUCGGCAAAUCAGUUUAAAACUGCUAAUCCUAAUAAGGAAUAUCUUGUAAAAAACAAUGCAUUAGAAAGUUUAAUUCGUAUAUUUCAUUAUAAUCGUUAUCCGAUGGAAAUAGUUUCAUAUGAAAUUAUUGAAAAUUGUAUAUUUGCAUUAAAAAAUUUAACGGCUAAUUUUUCUUCAAAUGAUUUUACAAAUGCAGUAAGAAAAAAGGUAAUAGAAAGAUUAUUAGAUUCCGAAUUAUCAUAUCAUUUAUUUAAAGAAUAUACAUUCAAUGGUUUUAAUUCAUUACAAGUUUUAAUAAAUAUCGCUAUUCAAUCGUUUCAGAUGAAUGCAUUUAAUAUUUUGGAUGAACAAAAUCGAUUAUUAACACUAAUAAAUAAUGCUUUAUUGAUGAUAAAAAGAUUUGCAAGUGAUAAAUAUUUUUAUUUAUUAUUAGAACCAAUUUCGAGUUGCUUAAUCGAUUCUUUAAAACGUGAAAUGCAUGAUGCGUAUAGAUUUGAUUAUGUCGUUAUGUAUUUUACUGCAAUAAAUAGCAUAAAAUUCUGA